UUACUGCAAAACAUGUCAAAAUUUAUCAGCUUAACACAUUGGUUACUCGUAUUAAUGAUGCUCGUUAGUGAAGAAUUGGCCGAAGGAAGAACUAUUUCAAACUCAGUGAACAAAGCAAUAAUCAAAACUAUUAAGGCUGAAAAUGAAGAAAUCAUUGAUUGUUAUGAUAUCUACAAGCAACCUAGUCUUAACCAUCCAUUACUUCGUAAUCACACGAUACAGAUGAAACCAAGUUUAUACCCGGAAGGAAUGGAAUCAGGUAAUUUGGGAACACUUCAACUCACACAAACUUGGCAUCAUUAUGGAUCAUGCCCGAAAAGAACUGUCCCCUUACGGAGAAAGGGGAAAAAUUAUAAUCCAACACCUUCACGUAAACAUCAUCGUAUAAAACAAUCUCAUUAUAAUAAGACUCCUAAUACGUCACAACAAAGCAAUUUUCAAAACAUUCACGAGUACGCGACAAUUGAGGCACGAGGAAAUUUUCUAGGAGCACAAGCAAAAAUAAAUCUUUGGAAACCGGUUAUUGAAACGCAAGCUGAAUUAAGUUUAUCCCAAAUUUGGGUUGUAGCCGGUGAUGGAAAAGAAACUAUCGAAACUGGAUGGAUAGUUGAUCGACUUGUGUAUAGUGAUUAUGAGACCAGAUUCUUCGUAUUUUGGACGGUGGACGGAUACAAAAAAUUAUUUUGCUAUAACGACGAAUGUGAUGCUUUUGUACACACAUCGUCAAGUAUCGCCCUUGGUUGCAGUUUCACCGAGUUGUCAACUUUCAAUGGAGACCAAAAGGAUGCCACCUUCAGUAUUCACAAGGAUCGAAGUAAUGGAAAUUGGUGGGUACAAUUACAAGGUGAACCGAUUGGUUAUUAUCCAAAUUCUCUCUUCACUGAAUUAUCGAGGAAAGCAACAGCAGUGCAAUGGGGUGGUGAAAUUGUUAAUACCAAAAGUAAAGGGAGGCAUACUACGACUCAAAUGGGUAGCGGUCAUUUCCCUUCGGAAGGUGGUUUGAAAACAUCGAGUUAUUUCAAUUGGGUUCAAGUAGUUGAUGAAACUUACAUGACCAUGGACCCUAAAGAUUUUUCCAUACAAACUACAAAUUCAGACUGUUAUGAUUUAAAGAUUGAUGACGACCAUCAUGAUACAAAUGGUUUCGGUUUUUAUUAUGGAGGUCCCGGCUAUAAUGAAAAAUGUCAAUGA